GCCUCCCCAGCACACACGUACAUCUCGGCCGUGUGUGUGCGCACAGGGGCGGUCAAGAUAGUAGUGUCCCACUGUGCCGUCCCAAGAAGUGACUUGAUUUAUUUAUUUCUAUUUUUCGCACUAAUUCAAAUCGAAACUAAACCGUCAUGUUCGGUUAGGUAAUCAGUUCAAAUUAAAUUGUAGGCAAAGAUUAGGAUUAGUGUAGAUAGGCAAACAGUCAAACCCCUGUGCGCAAACACGGAUUUUCCUCUUUCCUGGCAUUUUUGCACUUCAGUUAGACUUUUGAAGGACUUUUGGUCAAUAGUUGAAUAUUAUGUGACCCCUAGAGAAAUACGAUUUUCAAUUAAACAUCUUCCUCCAAGGAAAUACUGGAAAUUGCAAACCGAAACAGGUCUGAAAUUCAAGAUUGAUACUUUAGGGUAUAAACGAUCUUGAGAUCACAAGAUAUUAUAGUUCUGACCGCAGUUGUGUGCUCUGCCUUUUGCACCACAUUCGCGAGAGUGCUCCACUCCCCAAGACAAACGCCUGUGUGUUAGGCCAACAAAAAACCUCGCGACCUUGCCGUCAAGCAAUCUCUUCCACCUUCUUUACAACCAACCACGCCUCCCCCAGCUCCACUCGGCCCACCCCUUGCCGGCACUGACUUGGAAUGGCCAGCAACAAGAAGUCAUAAAGAGAGUAGCACCCAACUUGGCCUUCGUCGCGAUACGGACCAAUGCACUCGGUGUCCAAUCCACCUGUUGGCAGGGCCCACUGUGGGACAGUCAAUGCCGGCCAAAUUGCAUCACCGACGGCGGAACUAGAACAAGAAGGAAACCAGCGUUUGGCCUGUGGUUUCAUAACACUCGGAGUGGAAUAUCCGCGGUCUUUGUCGAAGUGACGGCGGCUAUUUUGAAAAACACAGGCCGGCAACCAAACUACAGUCAAGCAACAAGGAAAGAGGGAGAACAUUCCAGUGGAAGACCCAAACUUGGACGCCUACGACUGCGAUUGCUCAAUUGCCAAGUGAUUCGCCUUCGAUGCGGGGAAGCGACGCUAAUGGCUGUUAAACCACCGACUGGACUAGAUAGUUGCCCUCGCGAUGGCACGUCACAGAUAAGCAAAAGCACUAAAGGCGGCACGUACUUGCACUACUUGCACCUAUGUCCGUGCAUAUGUACAAGAGUACACGCAGGAUAAAAGGCGGUACUAUCUACUACUCUGCUACUUACACAAGCAUUUUUAGUGUUAAUAAUUGUGCCUUAUUUUAUAAAAAUGUAAAAUGAUUUGCUGAAUAUGCCCUGGUUGGGCCAGUGCUGCCGGACCAGUUCGAAAUUCGCGCGCUUUUAGUAGGACCGCAGUAGCCAGGUGUUUCAAGGGAACCAAGCUACGGGCACACUGAGCGUCGCCGGUCGAAAUUAAAUAUGAUGAAGCGAAGCUUUUUUUUCUAAUUGUGACAACUUGAAGGGAAUUCUGAGGGAAAAACCUCCGACCAUCUGGAACUAAGGCAAAUGGACGCCAAGGGCUUUGUGGAGAUAGACGGCUCCUUUCUGGAGGGCGGUGGACAGGCGCUGCGCAACGCCUUGAGCCUCAGCUGCAUUCUGGGCAAGCCGGUGCGUGUGGUUAAGAUCCGGGCCAAUCGCCCCAAGCCGGGACUCUCACACCAGCACCUGCAUGGGGUCAACCUGCUGCGGGACAUCUGCAAUGCUGAUGUGGUGGGUAACAGCCUGCUCUCCACCGAACUGGAGUUCUCGCCACGCGCCAUCCAAGGGAACACGUACCGCGUCGAGACGCACACGGCGGCCAGCAUCACCCUGAUCUACCAAAUGGCCCUGCCAGUCCUGCUUUUCGCCGGACGUCCAUCCCGCCUUUUUGUGUCGGGGGGCACAAACGUCGCCUUCGCCCCCCAGAUAGAGUACAUGCAGGAAGUGCUGCUGCCCAAUCUGAAACCCUUUGGCGCCAGCUUCGACCUGAAAGUACACCAGUACGGUUUCUACCCACGCGGCAAGGGAAACUGCCAGUUGGACGUCCAGCCGGUUGCCACGCUGGGCGCCGCACAGUUUCUGGACUUUGGCCGCCUCCAGUCGGUCAGCGGUGUGGCCUUCACGGCUGGGCGUCUGCCCAUGAGCAUCGCGAUAGACAUGGAGCGGACGGCGCAGCGCGAGAUCCAUCGCCACUGGCCGGACGAGAAGUGCAGCAUUAAGGGUGUGAAGCAUUCACCGGAAAAGGCACACGACAACGGAGCCGGCAUCCUUAUGACGGCCCACACGACUGGCGGCUGUGUCCUGGGCGCUUCAUCGCUAGGUGAGAAGAGGGUCGACGGAAAUGUGCUUGGCACGGAGACCUCCGGCCAACUGGCCGAAUAUUUGCGCAAGGAGAUCUGUGUGGAUGAACACAUGCAGGACCAGCUCGUCAUCUACAUGGCCCUGGCCGUUGGUCGCUCCAGGAUGCGCACUGGACCGCUGAGCAAGCACACACGCACCGCUAUCCAUGUGGCUGAGCAACUGACGGGCGUCAAGUUCGACGUGGAGGUGGAGUCCGGCGGCCAGACGCUAGUCACCUGCCAGGGUCUGGGACAUCGCAACGAGAUGCUUUAAUAGUCGAUCUUUACUCUUUACGCUACGGCAAUCUUAAAAUAAUGUCUACAUAUAUAGUGAAUAUACAUGGUUCUACAGGCGCCGAAAAAUGGCCAGGAAA